AUGGAAAACACCCCGGUGGAAAUUUUCAAAGAAGACAGCAAGUGCCUGUCCACGCUGCUGGAGGACUGUCCGCUGAAUGCCUCCUCUGCCUGGGUGUCCGGGUCCUCAGAGAGCCGCAACGCGAGCCACGACGAUGGCUGGGAGUCGGAGGGCAUGUCCCCCAUCAUUCCCAUCAUCACCGCGGUCUACUCCGUGGUGUUUGUGGUGGGUUUGCUGGGCAACUGCCUCGUCAUGUAUGUCAUCAUUAGGUACACAAAGAUGAAGACAGCCACCAACAUAUACAUCUUCAACCUGGCCCUGGCCGACGCCCUGGUCACCACCACCAUGCCCUUCCAGAGCACCGACUACCUGCUGAACACCUGGCCCUUCGGCGAGGUCGUGUGCAAGGUCUUCAUCUCCAUCGACUACUACAACAUGUUCAUCAGCAUCUUCACCCUCACCAUGAUGAGCGUGGAUCGCUACGUGGCCGUGUGCCACCCGGUAAAAGCCCUGGACUUCCGCACCCCGAUCAAAGCCAAGAUGAUCAACGUGUGCAUCUGGCUCCUGUCGUCGGCCGCAGGGAUUCCGGCGUUUAUUCUCGGUGGCACCCAAACAAACAGCGAAAUAACUGAGUGUGCCUUACAGUUCCCGGAGCCGUACGUGUACUGGGACACUGUGAUGAAGGUCUGCGUGUUUGUCUUCGCCUUCGUCGUGCCUGUGCUCAUCAUCACCGUGUGCUACUCCCUGAUGGUGCUGCGGCUGAAGAGCGUCCGAAUGUUGUCCGGCUCGCGCGAGAAGGAUCGCAACCUGCGCCGGAUCACCAGACUGGUGGUGGUGGUGGUGGCCGUGUUCGUGGUCUGCUGGACGCCCAUUCACAUCUUCAUCCUGAUCAAGGCGCUCGUCAGCGUGCCGGAAACCACCGCCAUCAUGGCCGCCUACUUCUUCUGUGUGGCUCUGGGCUACACCAACAGCAGCCUCAACCCCGUGCUCUAUGCCUUCCUGGACGAGAACUUCAAGAGGUGUUUCAAAGACUUCUGCCUCUCGGCCAAACUGAAAGGGGAGAGGGUGUCCGGGGGCAGAAAGGCCCCGAGCACAGUGCGGGAGGCCUCCAUUCCCCGGGAGAACCAAGGCGGGACUAGUAAACCGACAUGA